UCAGGUUUAAGGCGGUUUAGCGUUUCUUAGAAGUCCUUAAUUAUAGCAAAGUAUAUAAAGUGUAUACUUUAAACUUACAGCUAUGAGUGAAAGUAGUAGGUAGCCUUUGCUUUAAACGUAAGCAGUGACUGUUUGCGUUUUUUUUUUAAUUGUUAAGUGUUUAGUAAAUUAUUAACUUUAAAUCGAAAGUUUCAUACAUUCUCAUCAUGAAGUUCAUCAUUGCUAUUGGCGGAGUGACUAACGGGGGUAAGACUACGCUCACGAAUCACCUGAUGAAGGUGUUGUCCAACUGUUGCGUUGUCCACCAGGAUGACUUCUUUAAGCCCCAGGACCAGAUUGCCAUUGGUGCGGAUGGAUUCAAGCAGUACGACACCCUGGAGGCCCUGGACAUGGAGGCGAUGGUGGCGACGGUGCGUGCCUGGGUGGAGAACCCACACAAGUUUGCGCUGUCGCACGGCGUGGAGGCCACAGGGACUGAGAUUGAGGACAAGGACACAGACUCCCGCCUGCACAUUCUCAUCGUCGAGGGCUUCCUACUCUACACCUACCCGCCUCUCAUGGAUCUCCUUGACCAGAAGUUCUUCAUCAGCAUUCCUUACCAAGAGUGUAAAUUGCGUCGCAGCACUCGCAACUACACUGUUCCGGACCCGCCGGGACUCUUUGACGCUCAUGUGUGGCCCAUGUACCUGAAAAACCGCGCUCAGAUGAAUGCACUGGACGCCAAUAUUGUUCACUUGGACGGCAAAAGCUCCCGCGAGUCGCUGUUCACGGAGGUGUUCAACGCCGUGCAAGAGAGACUCAACGCGUUGCUUUGAGGCGCCGUGGGUGGAUUUGUACGAAGAAGUGAUGGCCCAAAAACCCCGGCAAAAACAAGCCUGCCGAAGAUGAUAUUAAUUUGAACACGAUACGGCCAUUAUUGUCAUUGUUUCCGUGUUUUUAGUUUUGUGUUUUUACAUCAACUCCAGCUUUACGAUAAAGUUAUUGUUUUAAGUUAUGUUCGUCUACUAUUGAUAUAUUUUACAUUUGUCGCUGCAAUGUACGUUGUAAAUGCUUUGUUUUUAUCGGCCCAUGUUGCGUUGCUGUGUUUAAAAUUCUCCGCUCUCACAGUAGGAAGGUUGUGAGGUUGUUAAAUCUUUCGAGGGUCACAAACCCAUCAUGCCAAUAGGGGAGAUAAAAUCAAAACACCACUUGAGGGUAUCCUGUGGAUAAACGUGUCCCUGCCAUAUGAAUGUGGAAUUACCACCACGACACUCUGGUCUGCCAACAGAGAGAUGAGUCACACCCUGCUUGAACAAGUGGAAAAUGUUUGUAUAUAAAUGUUGAUGAAAGUUAUGUUUUAAAGUUAAAGUCAUCCAAUCCAUGCUA